AUGAAAACUAUAAUACGAAAUAUGAUCAAACUUUUGUCGAAAACAUUGCUUGAAUUAAAUAUCUUUUCAUCACGUGAUUUUGGAAGUAAUGUUGAUCGUUUGACUGCUAAAUAUCAUGGUCAAUGGGUAACUCGCCUUUAUAUUCUUUUAUUUCUUAGUAGUUUUAUAAUUCUUAUCUUUUAUACGAUUAUUCGACCACAUAACAUAACAGAAACAUUUCAUCAACCAUCAUUUGAUUUUUAUGAAGAAUUAAAACACAAUUAUGGAAAUCAAUUAAAAUACUCAUGUUCACAAAUAGCAUCACAAUACAAUAAAUUUGUUAAUAUAACACCAAUAUUUCAUCCAAUUUGCUUAAGUCAAUUCAUAACAAAAGAAUGGCAUAUGAAUAUCACUAGUGCUCUUACUUUGAAGUUCUCUCUUUAUUCAACAAAUGAUUAUCGUCGAUUUCUUUCUGUUCAUCUACAAUAUCUUCAAGGAUUAUGUCAAAUUUCAUACGAUUCAGUUACUAACGCUAUUAAUGAAUUUCUUCCAUCAUUAUUAAUUACAAUUGAACUUCUUUCUCAACAUGGUUUUUGUCAUCAUAUUGAAUCAUUAAUUGAACAAAGUCAAUUUAAAGUUCCUAUUCUAUUUUCUCGUUUUCGUUCUCUGAUUCAAACUUUCAAUCAUGGAAAUGCUUUUAUGACAACAUUCGGAACCAAUUAUCAAUAUGUUUCGUUAAUGCCUCCUGAUGAUUGGAAUUAUGCACAUACAGAUCCAAUGAUUUAUGAUGAUAAUUGUUCAUGUGGUUUAUCUUCAAAUUGUACAACACAAGCGAAUUUUAUUGAAAAUUCAACAAUAAUUCCAAUCUUAGGAUUCAAAAUGGGAUGUUUACCAAGUGAAUCAUUUCGAUUAUCGAUACUUGAAUGUUUUUAUAAUCAAACAUGUCUUGAUAUUCUUCAUCAAUACACAAAUAUACAACAUUCCUCAACUGCUCUUUCAACAAAUCUUAGUUAUUUUUCAUCUGAUACAACUAUUAAUGAAUUGAUAAGCUUUGCAUUUACUGAGCAAUGGUCUAAAAACAUAAGCUAUUCAUUAUAUUAUAAUCAAUGUUCACCUUCAUUAUGUUUAUAUACUCAUAUUGAAAAAUUGAAUACUUUAUAUAUUAUAACACUUUUUCUUAGUUUACAAGGUGGUUUAACAUUAGUUUUAGGAUGGAUUUGUCCAAAAUUAAUUCGCAUUAUAUUCAAAUCUACCGUUAUCGAAGAAGGCAAACAACAUUAG